AUGGAGAAUACCAAGUAUAACAAUGAUAGAAAUAUCUAUCGAGGAGAGCUUAUCCCCAAGGACCGCGGACCGCCAAUACAGAAGUAUCAGAACCUACAAAGGGUGUCUAAACGGGACAAAGGCCUGCUUGAGUCGGGAGAGCACGCCAUUUUGUCAUUUGCGAUGUUUGAGGAGAAUCCAAGCCGAUCCAACCUCUCUUGUGGGUUCUAUAUUAUCGUUGCUGGUCUCCUUUUCUUACACGCGGCCAAAUUCAACACUGACUGCCGUCCGGGAGCAAUACGUGUCAAGACUCAAUGUCGUCCAGCGUCCGUGGUUGAGAAUCGUGUUCUUGUCAUUCCGACGUUCAGCAUUUUAGCCUCCUACAAACGGCCGCGCGCGAGUAAACGACAGAGUCGACGACGGUAUGAAUACUUUUCUAUGGAAAAUAUGUUGAGUGCCGGCCAAGGCCUGAUGGUUGUUCCAAUUUUUCUAAUCCCUCAUUCUCCUUCCGUUGAAGAUAAGAGGUUUUCAUUUUCUGAUCUCCUUUAUUUCUUUUGCCUACCUGGUUCGCCCCCGAAAUUCCGACAUCGCACUGCUGUUUCGUUUAUAUAG